UGCAGAGACAAGGUAAAGAACAAGUGGGCAUUUGGAAGACCAGAAAAAGAUCUCAUCUUUUUUUUUUCUUCUUAAUCUCAUUUCAGGGCCAAAGCCAGUGCUUUGCAACCGAGGCUCCCAGGGAUCCUUACUUAUGCACAUUCUCAAGGUCUGGAUAGUAUACCUGUGUUCUGUGAGUUCUACACAUGGCUGGGCAUCGGAUUUGGCUUCUAGUGAGCUUAUUCCUCACUGAGGCUCUUUUCUUAGAGGCUUCAAAAAUACUGACAAUAGGUGCAAUGGGCUUUCCCCAGGAAGAACAAUUUUUAAAAGAACAUUCAUUAGGACAGCUGUCUUACUGGACACCCUUGUUCAUCAUCCACGAGAACAGGAGCAGGAAGUCAGAGGUGUAAGCCAUUAUAGAUUGAUGAACCGUGUGUCACAAAUUCUUCAAGACCAUGGCCAUGAUGUGACCAGUCUGCUUUAUGAAAAGAUAUCCAUCCCAGAUUUAAAAAAGGAGAAUAUGUCAUAUGAGAUUAUAACCUGGAAUCUACCUGAAGAUCAAGAAAAGGAAUUUGAUAAUAGAUUUUCUCUACUUGUGGAAGAAUUAUUUAUUAACAGGUUCAAUCAUCACACUCUUAUAAAGAUAUAUAAAUGCUUUGCAGAUGUAUGCAGUAUCAUAUUAAGCAGAAAGGACAUCAUGGACUACUUAAAGAAUAAGAAUUUUGACCUAGUAUUUUUUGAUGCAGCAGAACCUUGUUUUUUCUUGAUUGCUGAGAAACUUGAAAAACCAUUUGUGGCCUUUCUUCCCACGCAAUUUAGUUUUAUGGACUUUGGACUCCCUAGCCCAUUAUCUUAUGUUCCAGUGUAUGGUUCAAGACUAACUGACCAAAUGGACUUCUGGGACCGAGUGAAGAACUUCCUGAUGUUCUUUGAUUUCUCUCUCAAGCAAAGACAAAUAUUUUCUCAAUAUGAUGCCACCAUCCAGGAACAUUUUGCAGAAGGCUCUCGGCCAGUUUUGUCUGACCUUCUACUGAAAGCAGAGCUGUGGUUUGUCAACUCUGACUUUGCCUUUGAGUUUGCUCGUCCCCUGCUUCCCAACACAGUCUAUGUGGCAGGCUUAAUGGACAAACCUGCCAGGCCACUACCUCAAGACUUGGAGGAUUUUAUCACUACGUUUGGAGACUCAGGUUUUGUCCUUGUGUCCCUGGGCUCCGUAGCAUCCUUGUAUCAGACCAAGGAACUUAUUAAGGAGAUGAACAGUGCCUUUGCUCGCCUCCCUCAAGGGGUGCUGUGGACAGUUAAGGAUGAUCAAUGGCCCAAAGACGUCACAAUGGCCCCAAAUGUCAAAAUCAUGGAUUGGCUUCCCCAGGUUGACCUUCUGGCUCAUCCUAAUAUUCGUCUUUUUGUCACCCACGGUGGAAUGAAUAGCAUCAUGGAGGCCAUCCAGCAUGGAGUACCCAUGGUGGGGAUUCCCUUCUUUGCAGACCAGCCUGAAAACAUGGUCCUUAUAGAAGCCAAGAAAAUUGGUGUUUCUGUUCAUGUAGACACUCUCAAGGCAGAGACAUUUGCACUUACACUGAAAGAAGUCAUAGAAGACAAGAGGUACAAGUCUGCAGCAAUGACUUCCAGGGCCAUCAGGCGCUCCCACCCCCUCACACCGUCCCAGCGUCUGGUAGGCUGGAUUGACCACAUCCUACAAUCAGGGGGAGGAGCACAUCUAAAGCCCCAUGGCUUUCAGCAGCCAUGGCAUGUGCAGCACCUGCUGGAUGUCCUGCUGUUCCUGCUGGGGCUCACUCUCGCCACCUUGUGGCUGUUGAAGAAAGUGCUGGGCUUGUUGCUCAGGACCCUGUGUGUGGCUAGGAAGGAAAAGAAGGCAUAAUGUUAAGUUUGACCUGGGGAGGACAUUGGGAGCUCUGUCUCUUUAAAGGCUUCCCCCUCCCCUAGCACAAGGAACUCUAGGGUUUUCCUCUUUCCCUCUUCCUGCUGGAGGACCUCUAGUUGUCCUCAGUAUUUUCUGUCUUUUUCAUGAUCCUCAUACAGUACAUUGACUGACUGGUGACUCCUCAUUACCUGGAUCCACUUGCUCUAGUACCAACCUUUUUUCACCGGCCAUUUCUCCUCUUCAGUCCUUUCUGCCAUUCACAGUGCUGUAAGAGUUUCAUCUUCUCUGUGACUUCUAGUCUCUGACUCUUAUUUCUGCAAUUAUUUGUCUAUAUUAGACAAAUUCUACUUACUCCUUUUUUUUGUAACAUAUAAUCUUUCUGUAGCGUUCAGGUGCCUAGAGUGUUCUGUUCUACUGCUUCUGUCACCCUGUUAGGCAGGAUCAGCCACUCCCAGGAUGUAAUAAAAACCAGUUUGGCUGUAAAUGACAACAUACAAAUGUCAUAAAUACAUUUUCCUGGAUAAUGAAUAAAAUAAAAAAUGAAGAUAACAGAAAAUUGAAGGGUUGGGAGAAAGCAUUUUUUGAUAUGACUUACGGUAUGAAAGAUUUAAUUCCUCAUGUGUGAGGAAGGAAAAGAAACUACAGUCUGUCCAAUUAUUGGAGUAGCAGUUAUAUGUCAAAUAGAAUAAACCUGAGAUUUAUAAAUUGA